AUGACCAAAUUUGUCCCACAGGCCAUUUACAAUUUGUCCCACUCCAUUACCACUGCUAUCAUGGCAUCUAGUCACGCUCCUGGCUUGACACUACCUAAUACCUCUGACGAUAAGCCGAUGGUCCCUAACAGCCUUAAGGCUCCCACUAUGUGGGCAAAAAUAGACAGGUUGCAUCCUUUUACUAUUGAAGAGGUGGUGCCCACACGUAAAAGAGCCACCUGCCGGGCAAAAGCGGUGCAGACAUGGAAGAGGGCUAAAACCCUGACUGAUUCUUCCGACUCUGGUUCAGAUUCUGAGGAGGUUUCGGAUGAGUCUGCUGUGAUUGGCUCUAUUUACUCGGACUGGGUAACUCGGCUCUAUUGA